AUGCACUUCAGGGGCAGUGGUCCCACCUUGCUGUUGCUACUGCAUCUUUGGCUGUCAGGGAACACGCUAGAGGUGGUGGAGCAGAAGCAAGGAUACAUGCAGGAUGCUCUCAGGGCCUUGAAUCUGCCCCUGGGUACCAAUGAAGAACCAAAGCUCCUGAGGAACCACACCAGUAUCCUGAUCACCAAGCUCCUCCAGGCAGUGCACUGUGCAGAGCAGACUGGUGUCUCUCAGGAUGUUUGUGAAAAAGUAAGGCCUUUCAACUUUCUCAGUUUGGUUAUAAUAGCAUUGUGUGAAAUUCAGCAAGAACACAGAAUAACUAAAUACUCUGAAUGUAUUUAUUUCUAGCCUGCCUUCUUAUUUUAAGCUUGUAAUGACUGGAAUGUGAAUGGAUGUGGAGGCUUAAGUCCUUGACCUGCAUCGGCCAUUCAUGCUGAGAGGUCUCAGACAUACCUCAGUUUGACCCAAUAAACUGCCACAGAGCAGAGUAAGAGGUACUUUACAUGUUUGUGCAGGUGGAUUAGGAAUAGGAUUAUGUGAGUCUCAGGGCUUGAAAGUGUGAUCCCAAGAAUAUAGAAAGCAAUUUUACAGUUUUCCUCAUCCUUCGUCAAAAUGUCUAGGUCCUCAGGUGCUUCAAACAUUCUCUUGCCAUUGUGUGUUUUAAGUUGGGCUUUAAUUGCCCUCAUCCUAAGCAGCAACACAAAGCUUCCACUUUACUCAAGAGCAGAGGACAUUCCAUGCAGGGAGAAGACUCAAUAACACUCCUUUCAAUCACAAUUUGACCUAGAAAUGAAAAGUCAAACGUUAAAUCACCUCGUAUUUCCCAAAGUCCUGCUCUUAAAGGGAUUGUUCAGUAUUGUAUUGACUCGUAGGCUAGUCAGUUCUGCCUCUUUAAUGACAUACUGACAUAGACUUAAUUAGCUGAUCGCACUGAAAGGCGGGAGAGGGUGUUUGUUGUUUCCAAACAUAGUGCAAAAAGGACUGGGCUUUCACAUGGAAAAGCAAAGUGCUGAAAAAAAUUGAGAUGAGUGCUUGGGUCAGUUUACUCAAAACUAGCUAAAACAGGUGGCAGAAUCGACCCCAUCUGCAGAGAAUUGUUAGCCUUGCUAGCCUACUGCUUCUCCAGGCAGUUUCUUGUUUAAGGGGUGGAACUGACCGGCACCCAUCGUAGCUAAUACCCUUACUAGUGUGUCAACAAAAAGAAAAAUGAACACAACCUCCCCUUAAAAUCAACCUGGAAUGGCCUCCUCUCUCUCUUACAUGUUCUUGUUCUUGUUACAGUGCCUCACACCAGAAGUCGUUCUGUCUGUGCUGAAGGACGAUCAGAAGACUUACCUCACUUUAGAGGACUAUGAGCAGAUCUCCAUUGUGCUGCUGUACUACAUAAUAAACUUAAGAGAUCUGUGCGUGUCAAAUGCUGCAUCACCUUCCUUGCUCUCCGCCCCCUCACCACUUGGGAACUAUCAGCAUUAUCUUUUGGCUCUAACCAAUCUGCACCCCACUGAGAACAACAACUUCCUAUCAUCCAGUGAAACAGAAAGUAUCCUGCACAUUAUCAACCAGCACUAUGACCCCUCCAACCAAGACGCUGUUGAUUUGCAAGUAAGACAUUUUAUUUAUUUUGAGAGAGAAAACUUGUUUAGAAAGGUACACAACCAGAUGUGAUCAUUUGGCUUUUGAUCCCACAGUGUGUCGAUGCUGUUCGCCUCUUCAAAGAUGUUGACGUUAAAGAAAAUCAAGGUGCUGGUGCGUCAUCUGUGCCCAAGAUGGCAGCAGCCAUCAUCAGCCAUAUACUGCAGGGCCACUGUUUAAAACCGAAGAAUCUUCCAUCUCCUGCUUUCUUUACAGACUAUAUCUUUCAGUCUCUUAAUCGGACAAGUAACCUGCAGAUAAUAGGUAAGUUCAAUAGCACUAUGUCUAUGAGGUGUAACUUUGUUCAUCUUGUACCAAACCUACUGAAAGAUAAAAGUUCAAUUUAAUAACCUGUUAUUGCAGCCUUCAGUCCUGUCAGUUUCUACUUUUCCUCAGCUCAGUUGUGCUCUCAUCUGUAUGAACAUGUAUCCUGUCCAAAGCAGACACUGAUUGCACAGUAACUUGACGAAUGGUUUCUCUCUUCAAAGACUUAGAAGAGUUGCUCCAUCUCCUCGGAGUAGGACGGGGAACACACUCUCAUUACAGGAAGAAGCGGAGCAUCACAGAGAGUUCAUCAAAUGGAGAUGGACAUUUACUUGAUGGUUGCAACCAUGACGCAAUAAUCAACCAAGACUGGGAACAGGUGAGUCUGACUGUCCCAUGAUGAAAAUCGUUGAUCACUACUCAUAACUGCUGCAAGAUUUGAUUUGAAGAGAGGCCCAUUCUCAAAAAAGUUUAUAUUUCCCUGCAAAUCUUGUCAGGUGUGUUUUUCAGCCAAUCAGCUGGUGGAUAUCUUUGAUCUAAAUCCUACCUCGCCAAUAUCCAAGGAGCACUUCAGACAAAUUUGCCCAGCAAUCAUUCAGCAGUUGCUAGGCAAUGCCUGCGAGUCCGCAGGGCAAAACAGACGGGGAGCUUUGCCUACAGCUUUUCAGAGUAAGCUAUUCAACUUUGUUUCUCUGUGUAGCCCUCAGUCACUAAUACCUGCAUUAAGAUUAUUUCUUUAUCAUGCAAAGUAUGAUUUGUGACUUUUUUUGUUCUUUAACUUAUGAUGCACUGAAGUUGAUUGGGAUUCUGGGAAAGGCAGCAACAUACCAGCCCAGGAAAAAGAAUCCAAGACAUGAAUAACUGUAAGACUUAGUGGUCUAAAUAGACUUUUUUCAGUGAAAGCACGUUCUUGAGUUUAAUAGGUUUAACUGUUUGCACAAUUCAGGUAUUGUACAGGAAAAAGGCAAACAAUUACUAAAAUAAUUGGACAAGACAUGACUCACAAAGACCGACUAAUAUUGAUAAAUGCUGUCCCUGAAUGACCUUUUGAAGCUGUGCUCUACUUUCUGCAAACCCUCCUGGCUUUUAUUGGGGUCAGUUAAACAGGCAACAACAGAAUGAAUUUGCUCUGUAUGAGGAACAGUAAUGAAACAACUCAAUCCCCUGCAGGUGAAUAAGCCAAGUGCACAGACUCUAACGCUUUCACAUUUAAUGUUAAAGCACAUCAUCUAUCUUUCAGCCCUCACAGCUCUGUCUUCCCUGCAGAAUAUGGCUACAGCACGGCUGCUGUCCUGCUCAUCACGGUUGGCUCCAUGCUUGGUAUCUGCCUGAUCUUUUUCAACUCAUGCCAAGAAACCUACACCCUCAUCCUGCAGCUGUUCGUAGGCCUGGCAGUGGGUACCCUCUCUGGAGAUGCACUUCUUCACCUUAUACCACAGGUAUGGAACACAGAGCCAUUUGACCCACUGCUGUAACUGUGAGCUAUGUGCCCUACAAGUACCAAGAUACUCUCUUUUGACUGAUGUUAAUGUCUGACUGUUUGUUUUUCUUUGUCUCCUAUGGAGAUCCUUGGCCUCCAUCAUGACACACACAGUCAUGAGGAUGAACUCUUUACAGAGGAAAAGGACUACCUGUGGAGGAUUCUGGGCAUAAUUGCAGGGAUCUAUGUCUUUUUCCUUAUUGAAAGAAUAUUUUCCUUCUUGGUUCCUUCACAUGGCCAUGUAAGAGUUUUGUUUUUCUGACAUAUCUAGUUCACAUCCUGUAACCAUACUUUGCCAAGUCUUUUCAUGAACAAACAAAUUUGUGUCAGAAUGGAUCAUUGCUUUGAUGUCUUUCUUUGUCUACAGGGCCAUUCUGGUGACCUUCCCUUACAGCUCAAAUGUAACGGUCAAACACAGCGGGGCAAGUCGAUCUCCACCAUACAGCUGGUGAGUCUCAUCACCACCCAGAUUGAGCUAAUCUGUUUUUCAACAACAACAGGAAUGCCGGAUUUUAUCAUUCCUGAUAUUUGUUAGGAGUGACUAUGACUGUGGGGGUAUUAUGAGACUAUUUACUGAUCAUAUUAUUACAGAAUCAAGUAUUAUGAUCCAAUUCCUGAGCACAGAUACCAUGACAGGAGCACUCUGUGAACACCAACAUAUUUUUGACAACAAUUCACAGGUUGUAGAUCUGUUUGUGCUGUACCAGCAGAGUCAUUCAAACCUAUAGUUUAAUUCGCACCCAUGAUGAUUCAUAACUACCCACUCAUGCAGCAAGACAGCAUUACUGUACAUGUUGUAGACAGCAACAGAGCUCUGCUAGAGGGCACUGUUAGCGGAAGAACCACCAACCUAUUGCAACUUUUUUUUCCCCCUGCACAUAAACAACGGUAAAAAGAGAGGUACAACAAUCUGACACAACAUCAUUGGAAAAAUCUGACAGCAGCUGAAAGAUGAUCAGUUUAAAAAACUGUCUGAAAUUCACUUGAAUCAAAUUUGUCCUGUUUUGCUCUUGUAUAACAGGGAAUAAAGAGUGAUGUGGGAGGUAGAAGGAACAGGGCAUGUAGGAUGUUGGAGAAUGAGAAGUACUGAAUCAUUCAGAAAGCACUUCAUGUUGUGUGGAAUCAUGUACGAACGAGUGAACUUCGAACUGAAACAUUUGGAACAAAACUCACCAAAAUUCAGAGGCAGCUUUUGUAUCUACAGCUCUAAACUAGUCCCAUUGAUUCAAAUUUCUCCAUUUCUCAAAUAACAUUUAAAGAAAAGUUAUCUAUCUCCUGCAGGGAUCAGUGGAGGAUUUGGAGUGUGUAGAUGGCUCUCCUGAACGCACAACCACAAGAAGGCCUUCUCAUCAGAAUAAACAUGGUCAGUAUGAGAUUUGCCACACAGCUGAAUGUGAUUUUCUUUGUAAUCAUUAGUCGCCUGGCAUGACAUAGUUUUGUCACAGUCUGAGGAUGGGCUGUAAUGGCACAGGCUCCCUUUGUUUUCCCAGGACAAGGGGUUCCUCUGCUUGCUGUGAUGAUAAUUGUGGGAGACAGCCUUCAUAACUUCGCUGAUGGCCUUGUUGUUGGAGCAGCCUUCUCCUCUUCAGCUGACACUGGCAUGGCAACCACUGUGGCCAUCUUGUGCCAUGAGAUCCCACAUGAGAUGGGUGAGAGGUCACAGCUCUUAAUUUUGGAAGGCUUUUGAUGUCAUUUUUGGCCGAGGGUAGAAAACACUCUGCUGAUGACUGGUGACUUAUCUGUUGUUCUGCUGUUUAUCUCAAAGGGGACUUUGCAGUGUUACUCAGCUCUGGACUCUCUGUGAGGACUGCUAUACUCAUGAACUUUCUCAGCGCUCUAACAGCCUUCAUGGGCUUGUACAUCGGACUGUUCGUUUCCUCAGAGAUGGAAGUGCAGCAGUGGAUCUUUGCUGUAACUGCUGGGAUUUUCCUGUACUUGUCGCUGGUAGAAAUGGUAGGGCUGCCUCUUUUAAAGUUUAAGAAUGUUGACAUUCAACAUUUCUCUUACUGUCAAUAAUUUACAUGAAAAUACAGCAGUUAAUGCACUGAAGGUAAAAACAAUUAGGGCCCUGUUUAAAUGAUCCAAAGCGCACAGUGUAAAGUGAACGGUGCAAAGUGGAACAAGGCGUGUCCAAUAACGAAUCCCGAGUUAGGCAGUGCACCCUCAGGCACAAAGAGGUUGGAUUUAGUCCUUAAUUCUACCUGGCACCAUCUGUUUUUGCAAUGUGGAGUUUGCAACCCUACAAGCAUUUUAUUACAAUAGUGGACCUUGUUUAACAACAACAUUAAUAUCUGUGUGAUACAGGGCAGCUUCCCUUGACCAAUUUUACCAAGACACAUGACAUCCAUCAUUCACUUCUGGUCUUUUGUUUUAGAUUGUAAUUGUGACCCAAUGAGGGAGAAAAACUUUCAAAAAGCUGCACACCUUACAAUAUACAAUGGGCGAGGGAAAUUUUUACCCUGCUAGUUUUCAUGCAGUGAUGAUGGCAGCUGUAUGGCAGUGAUAACAGCACAUAUCUGAGAUGAUAUAACUAGUAUUACGCAAUUGGCAGGGUAAAAUAUCAUGACACAAUACUUGUUUUUUAACCCAGGAGCAUUCAUCAGUUUCCUGACAAAGUGAGAGAAUUUAUGCAUUUCAGUUUUCCUGAGGUCUAGUAUAAGAGACAAAAAAUGUACAAGUAAAAGAAACAGCGUAUCCCACACAUAUGGUAGUGUGUACUUGGACAGCCCCUCAGGUAUAUUUUAAGCCAACUGGUUGAGCGUUUUCCUUUUUUUAUUUCUGUCCAAAACAUCAAUGCCAGCCACAGUCAAUGUAUAGUGGAAAAUCUGGCCUUUCUCUCCGCCCUUCGCCUACCUAUUAUGAAAAAGGUCUCAACACAUGCUCUGCAGAGAGGCUCUGUUUUUUCAAUCUAGUACAUCUGAUGCAGCUGUGAGCUUUUACUCUGAAGAGUGCUAAUCAGUAAUACAAAUUUACCAUAUACAGCAUAUUUUGAGAUGGACAAUCAUAUUAAUGGGACAUACUGACAAUAAGAAAAUAUAAAUUCAGCAACAUUUCUUAACAAUAUGUCAAUGGUAACUGUUGAUAAUAUAAUUUAUGAUUUCCUUUUUUUUUUUAAGCUUCCUGAGAUGAGUCGAGUGAAGACAGACCGACCAUUCCUUAUGUUUCUCCUGCAGAACCUCGGCCUAUUGAUUGGUUGGGCAUCCCUUCUGGUCCUCGCUCUGUUUGAACAUGAACUCAAAUUCUGA